GGACCAUCUUCAAAAGCCAGUCAGCUUAGCUACCAACUACCACUACCUAUCUAAAGUUUCUAGCCAACCAAGAUCGCCUCUUUUCCGGCUUGACCUAGGCCUUAUCAGUUCAGCUGUUUUCUUGUCGAUCAGUGUGCGACAACCUGUCGACAAGAACCAUGGCAUCCCCGUCGUAUAACAACCCGCUCAAGAAGUUCAAACUUGUCUUCUUGGGCGAGCAGAGCGUUGGCAAGACAUCCCUCAUCACUCGGUUUAUGUACGACUCGUUCGACAACAUGUACCAAGCGACAAUCGGCAUUGACUUUCUUUCCAAGACUAUGUACCUCGAGGACCGUACCGUGAGACUACAACUUUGGGACACUGCCGGCCAGGAGCGGUUCCGGAGUCUGAUCCCUUCGUAUAUCCGCGACUCUAGCGUAGCAGUCGUUGUCUACGAUAUUUCUAAUGCGAAAUCGUUCCAAAACACCAAGAAAUGGAUUGACGAUGUGCGGGCCGAGCGGGGUAACGACGUCAUCAUUGUCCUCGUGGGCAACAAGACAGAUCUGAACGAGAAGAGAGAGGUCACGACGCAGCAGGGCGAGGAAGAGGCGAAGAAGAACAACCUCAUGUUCGUGGAGACGAGCGCCAAGUUGGGCCACAACGUCAAGACGCUCUUCAAGAGGAUAGCUCAGGCACUACCUGGCAUGGAAGGGACCGACGCUGCUGCCCAGGCAUCCAGCCAGAUGAUCGAUGUCAAGACCAACAGCAGCCAGCCUCAGCAGGAGAACUGCGCGUGUUAGAAUGCAGCAUCUAACUAGACACCGCACGAAGAACAAGAGGGAUACAGGAUAAUCAAGAACAGUGAGAAUUGAGAGGGCGGUGCAAGGACAGCAUCGCAUCGACCGUCACGCCCUGUCACUGUUUAAUGACAUGGAAUGCCGUGAUGACUGACCGACGGGAACCACUGGAAUCACGGGAGCCGGGCCACUGGGAGCAGAGGGGAAAGAUUCCCAUCUUUACAAAGCAUAGCGUACAAUGAGGGCCCGCACCUGGUUGAAUUUGUAUACUAACGGGCAGUUUAUGCCCAACGACAAUCGUUAGAGUAUUCCUAAUAAUUCUGUUAAACUAUCGUAUUAACUG